UGAAGCUACAAAAAAAAGCAUAGUAACAGGCAGUUAACAUUCAACUUGUAUUAUCCACAAACUAAUAAGAAAGUCUAACAAGACAAAGAUUGAAUUUAUCACGUAUUUAAUUUGAAAGCAGUAUCAAGUUAUCUUAUAAUGUUAAUGAUGCAUGUUACACUUCAAUUAGGUUACUUAAACAUUACUACACAACUAAGCUAGGUUAACAGUAGGCUAACAGUUAGCUAGCUGCUGUAGGCCUAUGUUAACGGUUGCUAAUGUUAAUCUAUCAAAACACACAGUCGAUAGCGUUAAUGUUAGCUAUAAAGCUACCUGUUUAAGUAUAAUAUAAUACACCCAAGGCUGUAAAUGAGCAACUUACUUAAAACGGAGAGCCGUGGAGAACGCUCACCUCACGACAGCGGAGAUACGCAGGCAGCUGGUCCUUCAGAUUCUGAAUGGAAAAUGGAGGGAAAAGUGGCGGGCUGCUUGUGUAUGCACAUGCGCAGACAGGACAGUAUAUGUGGUAAUUCAAUUGUACAUAUUUUUUUCUAAUUAGGCUACUUUUAAAUGAAUUAAAUGAGCUAAUUUUAAACAGUGACAAUAUAUAUUAAGAUUAAUUAAAAAAGAUAAGAAGGAUGCAAUAACACAUUCAAAUCUAUUAAAAAAGGCUAGAUUAAAACAUGUAACAUCUAAAAGGGGUCAUAAUCAGUUUUUUCAGUGUGUUUUGAUGUGAGAAAUGACAAAAAGAUGGUUCCAGAAUGAUUCAGAAGUGGGAAAAUGAGUAAAGCAACCUCUGGGUUAAAAAUAACCCAGGCAGGUGUUCAACUGCAAUUGAAGCCCUAAUAACCCCUUUGACCCAGCAUGAACAACCCACCAGUGUGUUUACAGUAUCCCAAAUAACCCAUAAUUAUGACCCAGCCAAAUCAACCCAGCAAUGUGUUUAUAGAAAUAACCCAGCAUUCCUUAGAGUGUACUUAACCUGUGUUACCUUGAAUUCUUUAACACUUUUCUUGCGUGCCUUUAUGUGGUUUUAUUCCCAAACCUCACAAUUUAAUACACUUCGGCCUGGAUCAGUAGCGUGAACUGUUGAGGCUUUAGACUGUAUGUGGAAGUGGUAUUAUAUGUGUCCCCAUUUACUUAAAUUCAUCACCAAUUUUUCUCCAUUUUUGGAUUAUUUUUCCCUAUGGAGACAUGCAAGAAGAACAACGUUUUCUUUAAGAAUUCAAGAUAACACGGAGGUAUGAUUUAUAAAGAAAUCUAUUUUUAUGGGGGUGAAGUAUUGCUCCAAUCACUCAGGCAGCGUGUCUUUUUUUUUAUUCUUAUGGUAUCUCUAUUUUGUCAAAUUUCCCAUUAGGCUGCACCCAGCUUUCACCCGUUGUGAUCCCUGAUUUGAGCUUAUUGUUGCUUCUAGUUUCCCUCUCUGAGAUCAGCAUCCUGGUUGCAGCAGUUGGCGGCGCCUGUGGUAUCAUCCUCAUCCUCCUCUCUAUCUUCAUGGUGGUGAAGUUCUGCAGGAGAAAAAAUGUGGAGUGUGACCCUGAGAUGCAAGUGCGGGAACACGAGUGGAAGGACCCGACCGUGUGUUCACCUGAAGAGGCCAUUCAUCUAACAGUUUUCAAGGAGAAAGAACCUGUUAGCUCAGAUGAUGAAGCGUCUGAACCCAGCAGUGGAGAUGAUGAUGAGGAAGAGGAUGGCCUUGAAGGUGACGAUGAUGAUGACGAUGAUGACGACGAUGACGACGAUGGUGGAGAUGACGGCGAUGAUGAUUAAAUGGACACACUGAAACAAUUAUAAUCGUCUUUCCCGGUAUAACGUCUGCCUUUCUGCAUCUCAUGAACAUGAUUUAAAUGGUUAUGUGUGAUUUAUUGUACAAUUUUCAGAGUUUCGUGCAUUAUAGUCACCGAAUUACAGUAUAAAUAAGAGUAGAUGCGGAAUGCCCAUCCUAAAAUUGCUGUUUUUCUAACAAUAACUCACCCCGUACCUUAAAUUCGUAAAGAAAAAGUAGUUCUUUAUUGCGUGCCUCAAGUGUGGAUUAAGAACUCAAAAUCUUAAAAAAGUUAUGAUGAAUUAAAGCAAACAGCAAUACUUUGUACAAACUAAAUUGUUUACAAACCCUCAAACAACUAUAAGCAGACUUUGACAUGUACAAUUGGCAGAGUUCCCCUUUUAAGUUCUGUUUGAUGUACUGUAUGGAUGUGGAUUGAUUGAAGUGAGUUUGUUGUACAUGACUCCUGUAACUUCGCUUAUUUGUUGUGUGUUUUUUUCUUACUAGAUUUCCAUACAACUGCUGCUGGAAUUCUAUUGCCUCAGAUCAAUUUAGUGAAAACUCGUGAAUUUUCAUGUCAAAUAAAUGGUCUAUGGAUUUUCCAGAGAGAAGAGUCAGUUUAAUUUGGCUCAUUGCUUAAACUUCCACUUGCUAGUGGACACAUUGUUUUUUCUAACCUAGUCAUAAAUGUUUCUCCGGUUUAAUCUUUAAAAGCAUCAGCCGAGGGUACACAAAUCCUCAUUUCAGAGAGAAACGGUUUACCUGUGUUGCCCAUUUGAGUGAUGAACAAAGCAAUGUGUUUAAUAGAUUGUAUAAAUGAUUUUGUAUUGAGAUUUUGUACAUAGUGUAAAAUAAGCAGAACUUCACACUUUAAAAAAAAAUAUUAAUCCUAGAACUGUUGUCAUGUCUAUCUAUUUUUAACCUAUGGAAUAAAGAAAUGUUUUUAAGAUUA